GAUUCAAGAAGGAUCCAGCAGGGCCCCUUUGAAAAUCCGAGUUACGAGCCGCCCGAGGAAGAAACGGCGCGCCAUGCACGCAGUCCUUUCGACAUGCACCGAGCUCGGAGUGUGGCUGGGGGUCUUGGUGCCCCGAAGCGACGCAAUCCGAGGGAGACCGCUUGCUGCUCAGGGCAAUCUGGCCCGGGGCCGUUGACCGGCUGGAGAGCCAUAGAAGCGGGGGGAGGGGGACUCCGUUACGUGUCGUGAAUCUGCAGCCUUUCGAAAGGAAAACUGGGGAGAUCCAAACAGCACCUCUAAAUUCCCUGAAGAGCUGCCACUAUAUUUGUGGGGACGACGCCCGGUGACUAACCCAAUCUACGGAAAGGCGCAGGUCGCUCCUAAGACCGGACAACCGGGCGUGGGGCCACCCGCUCUACUACUGCUGCUACUGUCACCUUACUUCCUGGUUUGCAAACUCAGGACCAGACCCAUCUCGGCGGAGGGAUCUCCUUAAGCCUCCUCCCCUUUUUGCUUCUGCUUUCUCUCCCCCCCCCCUUUGCACGAAAAUAAUUUGACAGCGUUUUGCUGACAGUGGAAUUUUGCACCACAGAUUGGGGGGGGCAGCGCCCCCUUGAAGGAGAUGUGCAUGGAAUCUCAUGCACAAGGUGCCCUGAACAUGCCAAGGAUAUUGCCUUGUUUGAAGUCUUAACACUUCCUCCUUUUCAUGAAGAGAUUGAACAACCACAGCCUGACAGUGGAACAACCAUCCAGAAAGAAUUCAGUUCUGUAGUGCAAGAGGACCAGCUGAAUGAAUAAACAUAACUUCAGAACAUUCGGUUAUUGUGUGCUUCAGACAUCUCAGGGAUUAGUGUUCUUGUGUGUAUGUAUGUUUGUUUGUUUAAUUUUUAAUGGUUGUUGAUGAACUAAACAGUGCUGAAAAUGGGAGAUCAACAAAUGUACAAAAUGAACCACAUCAUUAACAACAACGACAACUUGUAUUACCAGCAGCAGCAACACCUGAAUUCGCUUACCCCUUUAAACCACACCUUUGGAACGUCACCCAUGGAUGCAUCCCAGGAGUCUCCCCUCACCCCCUCAUUCCCUCAUGAUACUACAGAAAACAUACCUUUGAAUGCUGGAGCCAAAACUCUUGGGGUGAUGGAUUGUCCUAGGCAGACAGGCUGGGCUCAUUUGAGUUCUGGCAACCACAUGCCAGUGAGGAACAACCAGAAUGUCAUGUGGAGCACAGCAGGGCAAGGAGAAGCAUCUGAUGGAUAUGACCCUCUCUGUUCCCAAGCCAAUGACAUCAGGACACAGAAACUGACCAGUGGGGUGUUGCAUAAAUUAGACUCUUUUGCUCAAGUCUUUGCUAACCAGAACUUAAGAAUUCAAGUCAACAACGUGUCUCAGAUUGUUCCAUCUCAGCCUUCUGCAGUGGAAAACACUGGUGACAGUGCACUUCGUCAGUUGCUGUCCCAGAAGUCAGCUGUUGAGCAACAGCCUCUACAGAGAUACCAGCAGGUGCCACCACAGGUCCAUCAGGAGUUUGCAAGUGCACAGCAGCCGAAGCCGCAAAUGCACUUGAUGCAGCACCAACAGCCUCUGUAUUACGACAACCAGCAGCAUUUAGCCCAUUUACACAUGCACCCUGUGAUGCACCAAGGGCAGGCUCAUUUGCAGCAAAUGCAUUCUCAGCACUUGCUGCCGCAGCAGCUACAGCAGGAUCAGUUCUAUCUGCAGCAGCCGUCCCCCCACCAGGGACAGCACAGACUGUUGGUGCAUGAGAUGCAGCAGCAGCAGCAGCGAACAUGUCCAGUGCAAACAUCUCAGUAUUAUCCAAUACAGCCUAUGAUGCAAGACUUGCAGCAGCAGCAGCAAAUACAGAUGCAACUUCCUCCCUAUCACAGAGAACCUGAUCAGAAGUCUCUGCAUGAGGCACACCAGUACUCCCAAGAUAGGGGCCAUUCUGUGCAGCUGAUACAGUUGGGAGCAGUUCCUCAGUACUUCUUUCAAGAUCAACAGCAGUCAUUUAGACAUCUCUAUUCACCCGGUCUUUUGCAUCAGCAGCCACCGCCUGGAGAUGCCACUCAGCCAGACCAUUAUCAGAGUGACAACAAGGCCCGGGCAUUGCUGGAUUCGCAUCUUGGACUUUCCAAUGCAGAGGGGACUGAAGGCUCAGCGCAGCAGGACAUGAAUUCUGCUGGGAGCAGUGUCCCUCAUCAACCACUUAUAUCUUCAGCAAGUAUCCACAUGAAUAACAAAGGACCUCAGCAAUUAUCUCCCAGUGCAGUAUGGCCUCAGCAGAUCCAGCUAACUGAUAGAAGGCUCCAGUCAGCUUCACCUGAGCAAAGUGGUCACAGUAAAGAACCUUAUAUUGAGAGUUCUGAGUCAAAGAGCAAGCUUUCAUGUUCUGUCUGCUUGAAGGAAUUUAAGAGUUUACCUGCCCUACAUGGGCACAUGAGGUCACAUGGAGGGACACGGACAUCGCCUAUCUUCAGACAGGAGGAAGGACAGAACCUGCCACAGCAACACCCGCAGCAGGAGCAGCUGCCCGCUGAGGUGGAGAGCUUCAUGCCCAUCGUCAUGCCUGUUUCUGUCCCUGUCAAGCAUCUGUCGCCUGAUCCCAGCAAACAGGCUGCUGAUGGCAGUGCGGCACUCAGAGAUAAGCCUGUCUCAGAUGAUGAGAUGCCUGUUCUUAUGAGGAUGACUUACUCUCCGCCGCGCUCCCCUAAAGCGGUCAGCCCAUGCGCGUCUUCUGAUCUCAACAGAAAGCACCAGGAUAACGUCACCAACUCUGAAGAAGACUUUAAACUUUAUCAAGACAAGAAGAAAUACCGCCAUAGACCUGAGCCACUUUUCAUACCACCUCCAUCCUUCAACCUCAGUGCAUCUCACUCAGGCGCUACACUGUACCAAAGCCAGCUCCGCUCCCCCCGCAUCCUCAGCGACCAUCUGCUUGACAGGAUUCAUGAACCCCCUCCUUACACCCCCCCUCCAAUGCUCAGCCCAGUGCGCCAAGGAUCUGGCCUCUUCAGCAAUGUCAUCACGUCCUCUCACGGCACGUCUCACCCCCAGCUUCCGCUCACUCCUCUGACGCCCACUCCCCGGGUCCUCCUCUGUCGAUCUAACAGUGUUGAUGGAGGCACUGUCCCCAUGACGCCAGGGCCUGGAGAACAGGCGAUUGAUAUAGAACCACGUAUCAACAUUGGAUCAAGGUUCCAGGCUGAGAUCCCUGAACUUGAAGACAUUGCAACAGUAGGGAAAGAGGAUCACAAAGCAACUUUAGUUUGGCAACCAUGGCCAGACCUGGAAGACAAACUUUUCCAACAAAGAGUGACCAACUUCUUAAAUAUGUGUUGUUCGAGUGUAUUAAGUGGUGGUGGAACCAAUCUAGAAUAUGGUUUGCAUUCUCUCUUUGAAGCUAAAGGGGACAUUUUGGUUGCCCUAGAGAUGCUUCUUUUGCUGAAACCAACAAGAAUGAAAUCACAUCCUCUGGCAAAUUAUCAUUAUGCUGGUUCGGACCAGUGGACGCCUGUUGAAAAAAAACUGUUCAAUAAAGCACUGUCCACAUACAACAAAGAUUUUAUUUUGGUACAGAAAAUGGUGAAAUCUAAAACGGUGGCACAAUGUGUGGAAUACUACUAUACCUGGAAGAAACUUAUUCACUUGGGGCGAAAGCACAGAACACGCCUAGCAGAAGUAAAAGAUGACUACCUGACUAGUGGAGAAGAUGAAUUGGAGGAAGAGGAACAGGCAGAGGAGGACAGAAAAUCAGUCAAAGAAGAGGAGAUUGACAUUCAGAAUUCUCCUGACCCACCACUGAUUGCUGCUGUUGCGCCCAUUAACUUGCCUUCCCUGCAGAGCCUCACAAUUGCUGUGACCUCUUUUACGUGUGAAAUACCAGACUGUGGGGCUAUAUUUAGCUCCAGACAAGCCCUGAAUGGCCAUGCUCGCAUUCAUGCUGGUACAAAUUCUGGACUGAAAACCCGCUGUGGAGGCCCUGGCACAAAACAGAAAUCUAGUUCCCAGAAUGACUACUGCUCUCUCAAAAGCUCCCCUGCUCAUAGUACGGCAAGUGGUGAGACUGAUCCACCUACCAUCUUCCCUUGUAAAGAAUGUGGCAAGACAUUUUUCAAAAUCAAAAGUCGGAAUGCUCACAUGAAAACACACCGACAGCAAGAAGAGCAACAACGACAGAAAGCCCAGAAAGCUGCUGUUGCUGCUGAAAUGGCUGCCACAAUUGCAAGGACUACAGGGCCGGCUGGGCCUGGCUUGAUUCCAUUGGACCACUUGGAUCUAAUAAAGCAGGUUGAACCAGCUGAUGAUCUCAGCAGUGAUGUGGUUCAGGAACUGGGAGAAGUCAUUGACAGUACUGAAGUCAUUGACCCUGGUCUCUUACUGGAUGAAGAAGACACAGAAUUACUUCAGGAUGGUGUUGAGCUGUAGAAGAAAAAAGUCCAUUCUGUAAAAUAACAGAUGCCAGUUGAAAUUUGUUUCUAUUACUAAGAAGAAACAAAUGUCUACUUUUUCCCUUUUAUUUUACACUGUUUGAAUAGCUGGAUUACUUUUUAUCCAGGACUGGAAAAAACAAAUCUGAGUUUUGUUUUGUUUGGUAAUAUGUCAAAUUGGUUUCAAAGUGUGGAGAAUAAUUCAUUUGUUUCCCCACUUUAAAGGUAUUUUGUUUUAUGCCUUGGAAACAAGUACGUUCUGAGAAGUUCAUGUUUUCAUUUUCAACCAUUUUUACAAGGACUCAAAUUCUUCAACUCCUCAGGGUUUUCUUCCCCUGCCACCGCCCCCCCGCCCCCCAUAAAUAGAAUUUCUUUUACAGUGUUUUUCAAUUGUGCCUUUAAGUUCUGGCCCCUAUACGUUGCAACAACUGUAUUUUCAAAUGCCAAGAUAAUUGAAUAAUAACACAGGUUGGGCAUAGAAUAGAGUGGUGGCAUUGGAAGUUUUCUGCUUAUGUAACAAUCUCUAGCUGGAUUGGUCCAGGCUGUUAGGGAACUUGUGUGGGAGGCCCAUCACAUCUGAAGCACAGAAUCUUUCUCACAGUUUUUGCGUGGCAUCUUCAUUUGUUCUGUUAACAAGAUGUCAAACAUAGUUGUGCACAUGUAGAUUGUGCACUAGUUGUCUGUGUAUGGAUUGACUGGUGGUGCAUUUUGCUCUGUUCACUUGGAUCUGAAACCUGAAUGGACAUGAAGAGAGAGAACAGUUAGGUUAGUCCUUUAGUGUUCAUUUUUGCUGAAUUUUCAUCUUGGCAAGGCAGUUUAUUUGCAAAGAGUUCUGUAUUCAUAUUGCCCACUCCAAAGCCUCUGACUCAGAAGGGAUAGAAUCAGUGAAAUCAGAAGUACUUUGUAUCUGAAGCCUAAAGAAAUAUGAUUCUUUAGACUACAAUAUAACAGAGCUGCUGAAAUCUUAACCCUGUCAGGCUGAAGAAUGUUAAAUUUGGAUGCACAUUAGCAAUUACAGUGUGCUAAAAUACCUCUGAUUUGUCAAAGUAAAUGAUACUGUUUAAAGUUGUUGUUGAGGGUGUAUAUACUUUUAGCUGUGCAAAAGCUUCCUGCUGAGGAGGUUAUGCGUAUUUCUUCAUAGGAAGAAAGAAGAGUGGAGAGAUACUCGUCUUCAGGUUUGGUUUAUUUUUAAGGUGAUUCUGGCAAGCCCUAAAGAAAUACUCUUAUGCCACAUUUCUGAAUUUGAACUUUGUCUUUAAUUAUGUUAAUUCAUGUGGUUUCUCUGUCCCAGUGCUCUGUGUAGUCAUGUAUGUGUGUGGGUGUCCAGUGUGCACACAACCUUUGGUGCUACUUUUGUAAAUUGAGGAACAGAAUACAUACAGAAGAGGGCAACCAGGCAUGUGCAGAACUCUGUUGAAGCCCCAUUGAAUUAUUUUAUCAUUGCCAAAGACUUUUAAAAGCUGCCAUUUAUAGUAUUUUUUUAAAAUGGUUAAUUGGGUUAGUACAAGUAUAUUUAACUUUGAAAUUUUAGUGCUUGCCGAUACUCUUUAAUGGACCCAUAGGUUUGCCCUUAGAAGGGGUAAGCCCCCAUAUAUCUGGGCAGCUUUUGAAAGAAUAGGCCAGGUGUGAGUCUUAAUACAACACAGGACGUGGAAUGUUUAUCAUAUUUCAUGUCUGGCAACAUUACUGAAAUUCUAAAGCCUUUCCAUUUCAUUCUCAUAGGUUUUUAUUUUAACAAUCUACAAAGCUUCAAGUUAUGUCUAAAACUCAUUUGAAUAAAAUUAUGAUCCUGGACCUCAGCUUCCCGCACUUUGUAUAUUUAACUGCACAUAAACUGGCGUUUAAAACACAUGGAUAAUACUUUAGGCUAAAAUUUUCCUUUUUUUUUUCCUUUCUGUGAGCUUUGGCCAUGUACUUUUCAGUCCCUGCAUUCAGCUUUGGAAUAAUUCAUCUGAGCAGCCCACAGCUAUUUUUUUUCCAAAGCUAGAAGUGGGAUCACUCCAGGCAUAGUCCUCUGUAUCUUUGUAAUAGUAAGUGCACAAUUCAUGUAAAAAUUGUGUGAGUGUAUAAAGUUCCUUUAUCCUGUGUGUGCACAGUCAUUGAUAUUUUCCUAAGAGCCCAAUUAAUAGUUCCAGAUUAGGUAGUAGUAAAAGAAAUAAAGAUGUCUCUCUCAAAUUGUAUAUGGCCAAUGCUAAAGUUCCUACUCAGGUUUAAAAACUGUGCAAGUCAUGGCUAACACUGGAAAGAGAUGAUUUUUGGAUGCCACAGAAUAGACAAGUCAGGGCCAGUUUAGAAAACUGACAUUGUCUCCCCAUUGAGCAUUCCAAGCACUUCUCUAACUGUUGCAGCAAGUGAGGAAAAAGCAGUAUUUGGCCCAGCACAUUCCCAGUUGCAGUCAAGACUUUUUAGACAAUUUCAAACCUGUUGUGAAUGAAGUGGCUUUGGACUGAUUUAAUGAUACCUGAAAGCACUUUGGUAAAUACCAGCCUUUCCGCAGGACUGAUCUCAAGAAUUUGUGUUUAUCAAGGAAAAAUUGGUUUCACCUAGGUCUUAUCUGGGAAUCUUGAUGUCUUUUUCAGUGCACUUGACCAUCUCAGUAGGGGGGUUCAGUUUCCCUGAUCCCAGUCACUCUUGUUAGACAGUGAAGAGACGGUAAUCUGCAUAUUGGGCCAAGAUACCUCAAGAAACAUUUUUCUUCCAAGGACUGUGUUCAGAUGAGCAUUACCAGCACCAGACUGAAGAAGCAUAUGAAAAUGCCUUGCAUAGCCAGUGGUUUGUUGACACAGAUGCAUCAAAUGCAUCUGACACAAAUGCUGGUGGCACUGUUGCUGAAGUAUGUAUUAGAAUCUCUCAUUCCUCACAACCAUAAAUGCAAAUAUCCCAUCUCCUCUUCUGGCAUGCAAAAGAGGAGGUGAAAGUAGAGAGUGUCAUGCAAGCCCCAGGCUUGUCAAGACUUAUUCAUGUAGCAGCUUACCAUGGUUCAUGUCUGAACUGGGCUUAUAAGAGUCUUGCACAAGUUUAAUGCAACCUCUAUUCUCAAAUGCUUUAGAAAAUUGGAACUGCAAACAACCAAAUUAAAAGCAUCUGUGCUUCUUACGAUUUUACCUCAAAUGCUUGCUGUCAGCAAAUACCACUACCUUGUUCAUUAGGCACAUAAUUUCCUUCAUCGAGGCUCUAGGUUUGUUGUGCAAGCCAAUAUCUGUCAAUAUCAGAAUGUAUUUCUCUCAUCUAUUGAUAAUAAAAAUAAAAGCUCUUGCUGUAAUAAUAAAAGAAAAAAUAAGGAAAUAUAAAGAAUAAAAAAACCAUAUCUACUUUGCAAUUAUCUAACCAUAUAUGAUAAUACUGUUUUCUUGUCAACAAGGCAAAUUUAGCCACAGUUUGAGUGACAUCAUUCUAGUUGCAAUUUAAAACACUUCUAGUGAGCAGUGUAAUUUGUAGGUGGGCUGUCUUUGACUACUUUGAGUGCAAUGGGUUGGACCCAGAUUUCCUGCUAGCAGGAUCAUUAACUGAGCAGAAUUUGUCUCAGCAUGCUCAUACUGGCAUAAAAGGGGUGGGAGGGGCGAUCUUUGCAAGAUUCCAGUCUGCUUUUCCCCACUGUUCAGGAAGAUCUCCCAAUGCUCUGGAGCAGAUUUGGGAUGAUCAUUGCAGUGGGAAAGGAAAUAAACUAAGAAUGCAACCACCUUCAUCCUGCCAGCAGGAUUCCUCUGUUGGAUCAGAAGUCUUUCAGGGAUGGAAGGAAACCAUCUGUCUGUGGGAGGCAGAUUCCAGAUCCAACCCAGUGCAUUUGAAUUAUAUGCGAUGUGAUGCUGUAGCCCAUCUACACAGUAGAGGGCAUGAGCUGAACAAAGCAAUACAGAAGAUUACCUGUAGUGCAAAUCUAAAUCAGUUAAAUUAUCUUACGAGUCCAUGGUGUAACUUUGUCAGUCGCUGUGAGAGUCGUUUUAGCAUUUGCUAUUAAAAGUGAUCACACUGAAUAACAAUCUCACCUUGUUCUGAAAUUCUUGUUUAACAGCUGAGGUAUCAUAUACAAAAUAACCUGUAAAAAAAGCCAUAUAGUAGAACAGGCUGAGCUCUUCUUUGAAAGUGGAUGGGCAAUCUUAUGCAAUCAGGUUGUUAGUGACAAUAAAUCUUUGGAAGUCUACUCAUAAGUUUUCUAACCAAAAUUGAGAAGACCAAUGUAUAAAUCUUGUAAUACAUCCUAUAAGGAUUCUUGUCUUUAUAUCUGAGUACAUACCGAGGCAGAUUCUCUACUAACACUGGCAAGUUAGUGUAGUAAACUACUGUUCACCCAAGGCAGGGCUAAGAAACCAGAUGCUGUUUACCUGUAGUCCUCAUCCCUGACUAGCAACCAUGUUGGCUGAGAUCUGUUCAACAACAUUUUGAGGGCCACGAAUUUCUCAGCCCUGAUUUAAGGACUUGCUAAAACAUUUAGGGCUCCAUCCUAAACAUGCAUAAAUGGGCCUACAAUGUGAGUACUUUUCCAUGCUGAAUAGGGCAUGCUGGAAAUUGUAGGACUUUUUUCUGUCUAAACGUAGAUAGGAUUUUGCCUUUAAAGUAACAGAUUAUUGUGCCCUGAGAUAUAUCCCUUUAAUGUGAAAUGUGCAGAGUGCAUUGGUUGUUACUUUAGAUUCUUGAUGGCAGAGUGGAAAUCAUCUAGUUGUGUUCCUCAAUUACAUAGGUCCAUAUUAUGAGUACACCACAUUCUUACUGUAAUUAGUCCUACAAGUGGAUACAGAUAGGUUUAUCGAUUGUCACCUACCACAGUUACUGACACUAUAAAGAACCAGUGCAGUGAUUUCAAAACCACAGGGAAUUCUAGUCAUAAGUGAACAAUCCCAUAAUACAUAGUUUAUAUCCUGUAAAUUAUGGGAAUAUUGCCAUGACACAAAAAACCAAAGAUAAGCUCAGAAUAAUCCCUGGAAGAGUAUUGAUGCUUGUGUAACUUUUGUAUGUGAAUUCUGUAUUUCUAAACUAUUGCAGUGAUAUAUACCAAAAUAUGUUUCAAAUUUACCAGAAAACCUGGGAUUUUUUUCCUUUUUGUUAAUGGUUUAUGUUUGUUGCAGUAUGGUUCAGUAGUGAAUAAAAAUUGUACAUAACAAAAGAAAAUGGAAAAAUAUAUUUUAUGGAGAACUCUUAUUUUCAGACAUAUUUAACUUUUGUUAUAUUGUUACAGAAAAGCUGUAAAUAAAUAGUUAUAGUGUAGUGUAAAAAUCUGUUAUUUGGGGGGAAAUAAUAUUUGAAUGUGGUGUUUUUUAUUUUUUUAAAUAAAACUUUGCCUGUUAUGGCUUAAUUGCACCUGAAUUGCAUGAUGUUUAACUUCAGGAUGUAAUUUAUUCAGGUUUGCACUAAAAUGCUUAAUUUCAUAAUAAAAGUGAUUUUUUUCUUUCUUUCCCUUGGCAGUGGUGGGUAAGAGGUUGGAGGCCAUGCAUGCUAUCUGGUACAUUAAGAAGAGCACUAUGUAUAGAGUAUGUCAACCUUUCUUAUAUUGACAGAUAAUUGUAUUUGUAAAAUCAAAGGGAAUCUAUCAUAUUUGCCAAAAAAGACAGUAUUUUAUACUUUUGAUAAGAUGUACUUUGUUAAUUUUUUUGUUCAUGUGAUGAUAAAUUCUUUUAAAUAAAUUAAUCUGGAGUUGAAA